AUGGCUAUCAUGCCUUUCUUGCAAUACGGUCAUUUGACCGCUACCAUUUUACUCCCAGGCGUGGCGCUCCUCCUGUACCUCCUUGGCCUGGCGAUCUAUCGCAUUUUCUUCCACCCGCUCUCGAGAUACCCGGGCCCCUUGUUGGCGAAAGUAACCGACCUCUACUCGACCUACCAUGCCUGGAAAGGCGACAGACAUCUCGAGUUCUGGCGCAGCCAUGAGCAGUACGGUCCUAUUGUACGCUUUGGUCCAAACAGCUUGUCAUUCAAUAGUGCUACGGGUCUAAAAGAGAUCUACGGGUUCAAAGCGAACGUCCGGAAAGGAGAUUUCUACCUGGCUUUUCCGGCACAGAAGGACGCCUUCAGUACCCAUAGUGCAGUGGACAAGGCUGCUCAUGCGCGGAAGCGACGGGUUCUUUCUCACGCCUUCUCUGACACAGCGCUUAGAAGUAUGGAGAAGUACAUCCUCUCCCACGUCCGCCAGCUAUGCUCGAAUCUCGGCGAAAAAGGCGCCGUGGCGGCAUUCAAUCAAUCCGAGAAGUCUGAAAGACAGUGGUCAGAACCGAAGAACAUGUCUCUUCAAGCCGACUGGACCACCUUUGACAUCAUGGGAGAUCUAUGCUUUGGCAAGCCAUUCGCCAUGCUUACCAGACCUGACAAUCGCUUCGCCACGGACUUGAUCAGCAAUGCGGCGCAUCGCCACUUGAUGUGCGGAACCUACUUGCCGUUGCACGAGUACCACAUCGACAAGCUACUAUUCCGAAAGAUCGCAGGCAUGCGAGAGCGCUACAUGCAAUUCUCCAAGGCACAGGCAGCCGAGCGAAUGAAGAUGGGAGAUGAAGCGGAUCGAAAGGACUUCUUCUACUACUUACUGAAAGCCAAAGACCCAGAAACCGGCAAAGGGUUCAGCACGCCGGAGCUCUGGGGCGAGAGUAACCUGCUCAUCAUUGCGGGCUCAGAUACGACUUCUACAGCUCUAGCAGCUACGAUCUUCUACCUGGUGCACGACCCAAGAGUGCUUGCGAAGGCAGGAGAGGAAGUUCGAAAGGCGUUCUCAGAGGUCGAGGAGAUCUGCAGUGGUCCAACGCUUUCGAAGCUUCAGUACUUGCGAGCCUGCCUUGAUGAGGCGAUGCGGCUGUCGCCGUCUGUUGGUGGCUUGCUUCCACGACAAGUGCUGCACGGUGGCAUGGAGGUUGAAGGCCAGAUGCUACCUGAAGGUACAGUCGUUGGAGUGCCGCACUACGGCAUCCACCAUAACCCGCAAUACUACCCGGAUCCUUUCGCGUACAAGCCUGAACGCUGGAUUGCAGACAGCGAAUCUGGAGUUACAGCUGAGACUGUCGGCGUAGCCCACUCUGCUUUCUGUCCAUUCAGCAUUGGGCCGAGAGGUUGUAUUGGCAAGUCUAUGGCCUACCUUGAGCUCACACUGGCACUCGCCCGAGUCCUUUUUCUCUACGACAUGCGGCUUGCUCCAGGCACACAUCUCGGACAGGGCAACGUCUGGUCAGAGUUUGGACGGCACAGACCGACAGAGUUCCAGCUGAAAGACACAUUUACCAGCGCCAAAGACGGACCUUUGGUUGAAUUUUCUGAGAGUAAUCGUCAAUAA